CGGCACUGCCGCAGCGCCGGUCGCCUUCAUCUGGUCGUCAGCGCACAGGUGAGGACAGGGGAUCUUGCGCCCGAGCCGCCACGGAAGGAGCGAGAAGCUUCAUAAGGCUGAGAACAGGGAAGGAAGGAAACGGAAUCGGAUUCCUCAGGGGGCAAGUGGGAGGGACCGAAGGACGCGAGCCCCACAUCCUUGGGCGGCGGGGAGGUGGUCCCUACUGUGCCCAGAGACGUGGGCGCGUCUUUACGGAGCGCUUCUUCGGGUCUGGAGAUGCGCUGGGCUCUUGGCUACCUUGGCUGUGCCGAGACGCAGUCCAGCGUGGGGCCUCCCAGAUUCUGGAGCGCUGGAUCCCAGGGACCCGACAUCCCUUUGCAAUAGUCGCCAGCCAGCAGCCACAUACACCCGCCCUGGGUCUUGAAAGGGUUACCUCGGGCUCGCGGGUCACGACUAUACACAGAAACUUCCCUUGUUGGUGUCCUUUGGAGAACAGCCCUGUCUCUGCUCUGUGGAUAUUAAUAAUCGGUGGAAGAUUUGUUCUGUCCAGAGAGGUCUGUACAGCUGGAAGGAAAGAUGUUCACUGGACUGACCCGCCAACCUUGUGAGCAAGCAGGCCUCAAGGGCUUCUCCCGAACUCCAGCCAUCAUUACCUUUGUGGUCUUGCUUUUGAGCACUGUGGUACUUGUGACUAUCACAGUCAUCCAGAUUCACCAGAAGGAGGUCCUCCUUCCAGGACUGAAGUAUGGAAUCGUGCUCGAUGCCGGGUCUUCCAGAACCACAGUCUAUGUGUAUCAGUGGCCAGCAGAGAAGGAGAAUAAUACUGGAGUGGUCAGCGAAACCUUCAAAUGUAGUGUAAAAGGCUCUGGGAUCUCCAGCUAUUGGAAAAAACCCCAAGAUGCCCCCAAAGCCUUUGAGGAUUGCAUGCAAAAAGUCAAGAGGCAGGUUCCAGCCCACCUUCAUGGAUCCACUGGCAUUUACCUGGGGGCCACGGCUGGGAUGCGCUUGCUAAGGUUGCAAAACGAAACAGCAGCUAAUGAAGUCCUUGCAAGCAUCCAAAACUACUUCAAGUCUCAGCCCUUUGAUUUUAGGGGUGCUCAAAUCAUUUCUGGGCAAGAGGAAGGGCUAUAUGGAUGGAUUACAGCCAACUAUUUAAUGGGAAAUUUCCUGGAGAGGAACCUGUGGCAUAUGUGGGUGCAUCCGAAUGGAGCAGAGACCGUUGGUGCCCUGGAUUUAGGUGGUGCUUCCACUCAAAUAUCCUUUGUGGCAGAAGAAAAGGUGGGGCAGAACAACAGCAGCACCACGGUGUCCCUGUACGGCUACAAGUAUAUGCUCUACACACACAGCUUCCAGUGCUAUGGCCGGAAUGAGGCUGAGAGGAGGUUUCUGGCACUCCUCCUUCAGAAUUCUACCACCAAAACCAAGGUAACCAACCCCUGUUACCCUCGGAAUUACACCACCACCUUCAUUGGGGCAGAUGUGUUUGGCAGCUUGUGCACGGCGGACCUGAGACCUAAAAGUCAUGACCCCAGCAUCAUCACUUUUGAAGGAACCGGAGACCCAUCACUGUGUAGGGAAAAGGUGGCCUCCCUAUUUAACUUUAAGGCUUGCCAUGACCAAAGAAACUGUUCCUUUGAUGGGGUUUAUCAGCCAAAAGUUAAAGGAUCAUUUUUGGCUUUUUCGGGACUCUACUACACAGCCAGUGCUCUCAACCUUUCGGGUAGCUUUUCCCUGCACACCUUCAACUCAAGCACAUGGAAUUUCUGCUUACAGGACUGGAGUCAGCUCCCGCUGCUGCUCCCCAGGUUUGAUGAGGAGUAUGCCCGCUCCUACUGCUUCUCAGCCCACUACAUCUACCACUUGCUUGUACAUGGAUACAAGUUCACCGAGGAGACCUGGCCCAAGAUACACUUUGAAAAAGAAGUGGGGAACAGCAGCAUAGGCUGGUCUCUUGGCUACAUGCUCAGCCUGACCAACCAGAUCCCAGCUGAAAGCCGCCUGAUCCGCCUGCCCAUCCAGCCAUCUGCCUUUACAGGCAUCGUCGCCUUCUUCGCAGCAGUUGCUUUGCUGUGUCUGACAUAUCUUGUGUACCUGUGUGUGUCAUCCAGGAAUCAGAGGCGCUCCCAGAAUUCCUUGGACCACGUGGUGGAUUCUGAGUGAGCCUGACAAAGUGGCUCCUGGAGCCCGAGGGCUGUCCAGAACCAGCCUGGGGGCACCAGAUAAUGCAAGCCAAAUGUCCAUCUUCGGAAAAUACAAGUAAAGCCAAAUACCUAAGUCGUGUGCCUCUCAGAUACUGAUUUAUGCCAAAGCACCUCUUGGGGAGCCCCUCAAUCACUCUGUGCACACUGCUCCACCGCAGACCCCACCACCCACUAGCUGACCUUUUAGGGAACAGAGGCGAGACAGGCCAUCAAGGUAGGGCUUUUUAUUCCAAGUGCCCCAGAAGAAGAGUAAGUUGAGAACAUGAUAGUUUGAUGUCAGAGAACCGACCUCAGGGCUCAGUUUGCAUUUACCCCCUUCAAAAAUGCCGUAUUCAUCCCAGCAGGUAUGGAAGCUGGCAGGUGUCUAGUAAGCAUUUGGCCCAGUCAGAUAUCUCAUUUUAUGGCUUCCUGUCAUUGGUCCUUAACUAAGACUUCUUCUAGCAACCUCAUAAACAAUGAGCUCCCUCAGAUGGGUAGAAUAUCUUAUCUGGGGGAGAAGCCUCCUGUAACCUGAGGACAGUGGCCACAGCCAAGCUUCUGUCAUGGGGACAGAUCCUGAAGGACAGAGACACACAGAACAUCUCCCAGAAAACUGCAGGCCCCUCGUGAAGUGGGGUCCCACUCAGGGCUCUGGGCAUUAGAUCGCCACCUGUUGUGUUUCAUCCUCUUUACCUGUCCCCCUUCCCAUUAAGGUGUCUCU